AUGCCCUCUUCUCCGCGACCUUCGUCGGCAUCUCCUCCUUCAACGACAGCACCGUCUACGUCUGCACCAGCGGCCCCCGUCACUCCUCCUGCGAUUGCGACAUCGGCUCGCCGUCCUGGUCGCCCUCGCAAGAGUCCUCCUGCUUCCAGGGAGCCCUCUUGGAUCUGUCCGACCACAGGGGACAUCGCCGCUGACAUCAUCGACAGCGGCGUCGGCGCUCCACACGACUUCUCCGUGACCAUCGGCAACCGCAGUGGCGCCAACAUGAAGGAGAGCCUCUUCAACGAAGGCUGUGCAUGGAUGACGAAGCGUGCAGUUCGCGGCGUCACCAGCAUGGAGCGCCGAGACAUGAACGGAAACCUACACCUCCAGGGUAUCUGGACCCUGUCCCUGAAGAAGGACUUUGGUGACAGCAAGAAGGAGGAGGCGGCCUCGAGGAGGAAGCUUCGGGUGGACUGCGGGUGGACUGCGGCGGACAAGGAUCACCAUCAAGCGCCUCGUCAAGCUACAGACAUUCAGCGGACGAAGGACGUUCACACUUCAAGACGGUCACCAAGGGCGUGUCGGGGACCGAGGUCAAUAUCGCCCGCGCCGAGUACCGCACCCUCCAGCGAUCCGUCGUCUCCGAGCUUCGAUCUCAGCAGGAGCACUCCUCGCGGGAUCUCCGUCUCACCCGUGCAGCUGAUCUCGUGGGACAUCAACGACGGGGAGGGGAUGCCCAGCCACACGUGGAUCUGCCCGACCAGCGCAUUCGCUAUGGAGGCCGCGCGCGCCGAUGCCUACUUCACGGCGCUGAUCUCCCCAUCGCUCUUUACGCGCAAGGACGCCUACUUGCUCUUCUUCUCCGGCGGGCAGGGCGGGCGCGUGAGCUCGUCCUUCGAGAAGUGGGACUACCAGGACCGCGAGUUCUCCGAGAUGACGGUCGACCAGGCGAAGUGGGACCGCAUCGGCCGUACUGCGGAGGACACGUCGUCGGCAUCGGAGGACCUGCCGCUCAUUGUCUGCCCCAAGUGUGUGGAGCCACGGUGCACCAAGGCCGGCAACAUCGCGAUGGUCGCGUGCAACCUGUGCGACGGGGACCUCCACCGAUCGUGCGGAGUGCGCGGGGGUGAGGAGGACGCGGACGCCGACGUCGUGGAGUUUCAAGGCAUCCAGUGCUCCCGCUGCUCCACGACUUCCCAUGGGAAGAGGAAGUCUCGCGCUAGCUUGUACUGA